AUUAUGACACACCGCCGGCUUGGUACAGUCGGCACAGAUGCUAAAUGAGCAUCCCUUGUUAAAGCUGUCAAUAACAUAUCGGGUUGGAGACAUGGCUGGAGAAAUGUCCAUAAUAGGUUCUGUCAUCCUGGCUUUAUUUUUGGCAGGGUAUCUGGGACAGCAGUACUUGCCCCCUCCAAAACCCAGGGUCAUUGGGUUGGAUCUUGGUACCACGUUCUGCUCCGUGGGAGUGUUUCAGCCUGGCACAGGGGAAAUUGAAGUUAUUGGAGAUGAGAAAGGACGCAAAAGCAUACCUAGUGUUGUGUCAUUCACCUCCACUGGUGUGUACGCUGGACACGAAGGCCAAGAAUUAUCAGACAUCAAUCCUCAAAACACAAUCUAUGAUGCUAAGAGAUUUAUAGGGAAGAUUUUUGACCGUGAAACUUUAGAGCAAGAGAGUGCACGAUACCCAUUUAAGGUAAUCUUCAACAAUGAGAGUGCAGAAUUUGUAGUCUCCACAAACAGCACUUUCACUGUUACUCCAGAGUUCAUUGGUUCCCGACUCCUGCUGAAAAUGAGAAAGAUGGCAGAGAAACAAUUUGGAGUUCCCAUUGAAAAAGCAGUUAUAUCUGUGCCAGCAGAGUUUGAUGAGAGGCAAAGAAACUACACCAUAAGAGCAGCUAACCUAGCAGGGCUGGACGUCCUGCGGGUGAUCAACGAGCCCACGGCAGCAGCAAUGGCAUAUGGCCUGCAUAAGGCUGACGUGUUUAAUGUGCUGGUGGUGGAUCUGGGGGGAGGAACACUAGAUGUGUCACUUCUCAAUAAGCAGGGUGGCAUGUUCCUCACCAGAGCUAUGGCAGGUAAUAACAAGCUUGGAGGUCAGGACUUCUCCCAGCGUUUGUUGCAGUACGCCAUCGAGCGAGUACGGCAGCAGUAUGGUGUUCCCCCCACACUUAAAGAAGACAUCCACCUUCUCCGACAGGCUGUGGAGGCUGUUAAGAUCAACCUCACUCAGGAGCCCUAUGUUCUUCUCAAAGUUCCUCUUAACUUGCAGAUAACAGGAGUCAGCGGAGAGCAAGAGGAAAAAGUUCUGUUCCAGGAGAAGCUGACACGUGAACUUUUUGAGGAUCUUAAUGCAGAUCUCUUUCAGAAGAUCCUGGCACCCAUUGAAACCGUUCUCAUUGAGGGCCAUUUAGAGAAAGGGGAGGUGGAUGAGAUUGUUCUGGUCGGAGGGUCUACAAGGAUCCCCCGCAUUAGACAGCUUAUUAGUCAUUACUUUGGGAAGGAACCAAACACUUCCGUGGACCCUGACCUGGCUGUAGUGAUUGGGGUAGCCAUUCAGGCAGGCAUUAUGGGUGGCUCUUGGCCUCUGCAGGUUAGCGCUAUUGAAAUUCCAAACAGGCACCUUCGCAAGACCAACUUCAGCUGAUUGCUUCAGAAAUUGAAUCAGACUUUUUUCACAUGACUGUUUUGUGCCGACAAACUAAAGAAACGGUUAAACGGCAUGUGUUGUGUGUCUUUGCUUCUUCCAAUGCAUUAGCUUUGCAAUGAAUACCUGAUAUCAGGCCAAACAUAAUGGUUACUGAAGAAUUUGUACUUGAUGUCUGGGCUUAUUGGUCCAAGUCACAAUUUGUACAUUAUCUUCAGAAAAGAUGUAGAGUAUUUAUUUAAUUAACUGUUAUACAAAUAAUGUUGAGAGAAUGUUUUUUCUCUUGUUAUCCUGAGCGAGUGUCUGCUUGGGACUUUAGUCACAAUGACUAUUACUUUAUUGCCAUCUGUGUGCCUAACUGGUACUAACUGUGCAAUAAUGCUGCAUUCCGUUCAACACAAAGUCAGAAUUUCCAACAUUUCCUACUUGGGAAAAGUGCAAUGGAACCACUUGAACACCACUCGGACUUCUAACUUCAAAACUCAUGCGAAAAUCCUUAGCUUCAUUUUUGCAGAAAUGCAUGUACAUGACAUCAUGUAAACAUUUAGGCACAUGUUAACAAUAAACAAAAUUUUUUAAAGGGAUAGUUCACCCAGAAAUGAAAAUGAUCUUAUCAUUUACUCACCCUCAUGCCAUCCCAGAUGUGUAUGCCUUCUUCUUUCUGCUGAACACACAAUUUUUUUUAGAAGAAUAUCUCCAUACAAAGUGAAUGGUGGCCAGAACUUUGAAGGACAAAAAAGCACAUUAAGGCAGCAUAAAAGUAAUCCAUACAACUCCAGUGGUUAAUAUCUUCAGCAGCGAUAUGAUAGGUGUGGGUGAGAAACAAAUCAAAGUCCUCAAUUAGUCCUUUUUUAAUAUAAAUUCUCCUCCCUUCCCAAAAACAUAAAUAGAAUGUGGAAGUGAAAGUAAAAGGGGAGAUUUAUAGUAACAAUUGAUUUAAAUAUUGAUCUGUUUCUCACCCAUAUCUAUCACAUCACUUCUGAAGAUAUGGAUUACUUUUAAGUUGCCUUUAUGUGCUUUUUCACCUUCAAAAUUUUGGCCACCAUUCACUUGCAUUGUAUGGACCUACAGAGCUGAGAUAUUAAUCUAAAAACCUUUGUGUUCAGCAGAAGAAAGUCAUACACAUCUGGAAUGGCAUUUAUGUGAGUAAAUGUGGAGAGAAUAUACAUUUUUGGGUGGACUAUCCUUUAAACAAAUAAAACAAUUAUUGUACAAAUGCUAGCAUUACAUUGCAUCAUUUAUCCUCCACAAUUUGGUUGCUAGGAUACCUCCCCAUUGACAAUCGAACACAUGCUAAUCUGUUUCUGUUUGUCAUUGGAGAUAUUAAAUCUGAAUUUUCCACAUCUGACUUAGAAUGGAAUGCAACUAUUGAUUUACAUUUUAUUUACAAAUGACUUUGUAUUCAGGGAACAGCUGUUUGUAUAUAACUGUGACUAAUCAUUCCAGUCUCUGCUUUUUAUUUGUUUAUUUGCAGAGGAUAUCUGUUUUCAGCUACCUGUUGUUUUCUGUCUACUGGAGUUUGCUUAAGUCUUGUUAUUAUCGCCACUGUCAUUAAAAUGUGUACAGUAGACCAAGCAUAGUUUUAAAGAAUUUAAUCGUCUGUUUAUGGGAGUUCCAGUAUUCAUCUCCGUGAAAAAACCUUAAUGGGUCAUGGAACACCAAUUGUUUUUUUGAGACAUAUGUACAGGUUGCACGUCACCAAUGUGGUAUUAAUUCAAGUUAAAAUUCAAACUGAAACUUUUAUAUAAGAAUAUGAUUUAAAAUAUUUCUGAUGUUUGUGUACAAAAGGAAGGAGUGCAAUUCACCAAAAUGGAAAAGUCCAAUAUUUUUGUGGAAAAUGCACAUCUACAUGUAUUUUGUUUGCAUAAUUGAGAAACUCAAAUACAGCUCAACAUAACAACUGAAAUGGGGGCAAAACACACAUGAUCAGAGUGAUCGUACCUAAAUACACUUAACAUGUAGCAGAUGAUGAGCGGAGUAUAAAAGGACUACAGUACAUAAGGGAGAACUUUACAACUCGACUACGGUGAAUAAUUUGUGAAUGGAACUGUCAUUCCAUUUGUGUCAAAGUUGCAUUAUGAA